AAUUGCCACUGAUUAAGAGAGGAGGCUUAAUUAAUUGCCUUGUGAUGGGGUGCAAUAUGUGUGAGAAGCCAAAGGUGACCAACAAGAAGGGCUUGUGGUCUCCUGAUGAGGACCAGAAGCUGAAGGACUACAUCCUCAAGCAUGGCCAUGGCUGCUGGACAGCAGUAGCCCUCAGAGCUGGCCUGCAAAGAAAUGGGAAGAGCUGCAGAUUGAGGUGGAUGAAUUACCUGAGGCCAGGGCUCAAACGCUGUGCUUUCACUGCUGAAGAAGAGUCGACUGUUAUGAAACUCCAUGCCGUAAUGGGCAACAAGUGGUCUCAGAUAGCAAUGCAUCUGCCCGGAAGAACUGACAACGAAGUGAAGAACCACUGGAACACCUAUCUCAGGAAGAAACUCCCCAAGGUCGACAACCGAAAGCCGAACCGAGUACCGGAUGAGAACAAGAGCCCAAUUCCAGUUUCAGAAUCCAACCAGCAGCUUCCCCUCCCCAAACUUCUUUUUGCAGACUGGAUACCGAUUUUCGGCGACAAUGGCUCAUCGAAUUUGGAAGGUGGGGGGACGAGUCAUGUUCGAACAGAAUCGAGCUCCAACUCGCAAGUCUUGAGCCCCGAGCUUUCGCAGCCUGAUGGUGUUCUUGGCUGGCAGGACUCAGGCAUCUGUGGAGGACUUCAGCCCGUGGAACAAAUUUCAGAUGUCAAUUUCCAUGAUCUAUUUGCUCUGACUGAAGAAGCAUACACUCAUUUUGAGUUUAAUCAAGCACUGCUUUUUUAAUCUGUAGACAAAAGAGAUACAUGAUUUGUGUUCGAGUGAACAUUCAAUUUGUUUAUAAGACCUUGCGAUCUCAUUUACUCGAUCAAAAAUCAUAUUCGACAA